AUGGCAGGAAAUCCCCCAAAGAAGUCUUCCAGCCCUGGAGUAAGCAUUCGGCAGCUGGUAGAGGAGAUUCCUGAAGGCUGCAGCACACCAGACUUCAAGCAGAAGCCUGUCACCUUGGCUCUGCAAGAGGGAAAAAAUGCCAUCUUUCGAGCUGUGGUCUGUGGAGAGCCCAUACCUGAGGUGCACUGGCAGAGCACCAAAGAAACCCUCAGCAACUGCAGCAAGUACCAGAUCUCCUCUGCCCCCGGCAGCAGGGAGCAUGCGCUGCAGAUCAACAAGCUGACUGGUGAGGACUCAGAUCUGUACCGCUGCACUGCGGUGAAUGUAUAUGGAGAAGCCACAUGCUCAGUGAGGCUCACUGUCAUCGAAGUGGACUUUCGGAGGAACACGAAGAAGCCAAAGGAACCCCAGGAAGAUCUCAGGAAGGAGCUGAUGGACUUUCGGAAGAUGCUGAAGAAGAGGGCUCCGCCUCCAGCCCCUGAGAAAAAGAUGGAAUCUGAGCAGGUGUGGCAGCUGCUGAUGACUGCAGACCGUAAAGACUAUGAGAAGAUCUGCAUGAAGUACGGCAUAGUCAACUUCCGGGGCAUAUUGCGCAAGCUGCAGGAGGUGAAGAAAGAGCAGGAGGACAAAAUGGCACAGUAUGUCAAUACCAUCUCCAACUUGAGACACAUCAGGGUCACCAAGGAAGGGGUUGCCACAUUUGACCUGGAGCUGGAUCUCAAGGACCUGGAGAGCAAGAUUUACCUGUACAAGGAUGGUGAGAUGAUCCCCUACAGUUUUGAUAACCAGACUAAGCACUGUCUGCGGCGGCUGGGGAAGCGCUAUCACUUCCAGAUCCAGGACCUGUGGCCAGAGGACGCUGGCCUUUAUCAGGUCAUGGUGGAGGAUGCUGUGGUCUUCUCCACAGACCUGGAGGCCAAUGCCAUCCCCCCAAGAGUGGUGGUCCCGUUGGCUGAGGCCCACUGUGAGGAGCAGGGAGAUGCACUCUUUGAAUGCAUUCUCUCCAACACUUGCCCCAAUGCUACCUGGCAUUUCCAGCACCGGCCACUCAAAUUCAGUGACAAAUAUGAAGCAUUUGUGUCCCCUGAUGGGCUGACCCACCGGCUGAUUGUGAGAGGUGCUGGUUCCUCAGACAUGGGCCUCUAUGCACUGAACACUGGGCUUCAUGCCUCCAGUGCCUGGCUAGUGGUUGAAGGUGGGAAGGAUAAAGGCCCUCAGACUACAGAUGUUGACCACCAGGUCCAGAGUAGGAGGGGUACCAAAGAUGGCAGCAUGCACAUCUGUGGCCAGAGGCAAGAUGCCACCCGGAACCCCAGAUUCAGAUACAGGACUGGCACUGGCAAUUCGUUCACAAAGGACCAAGGCCCUAUAGGCUACUUUUCUCAGGACCUGGCUGAUAAGGAGGUACAACUUAGGGAGACUGCCACACUCAGCUGUAUCCUUACCAGUGACCUGGGACCUGGCACCUGGUUUAAGGAUGGAGUCAAGCUCACUGCCCAGGAUGGGGUCAUCUUUGAGCAGGAUGGGCUAAUGCACAGACUGAUCCUCACUCAUGUGGAUGGCACCCAGGCUGGAAGAUACACCUUUGUAGCAGGCAGCCAGCACACUGAAGCCAGCCUAACCAUGGAGGAUCCCCCCACCAUUGCUCCAGAUGUGACAGAGAAACUGGGCGAACCACUGGUGGUUAAGGCUGGAAAGCCAGUGUCUGUGAAGAUCCCCUUCCAGAGCCUCCUCCCUGUUCAGGCUGCCUGGAGGAAGGAUGGGGAUGAGGUGGUGGGCAGCAGCCACAAGGGUGCCCAGGUAGCCCUGAGAGAUGGCUACACACGGCUGUGCCUCCCCAGUGUGGGCAGGAAGGACAGUGGCCACUACAGCAUGACAUUGAGGAGUGAGGGAGGCUGCGUGCAGACUGAGUUCACCCUGAAAGUCAUAGACAAGCCUCAGCCCCCUCAGGGACCCCUGGAGGUACAGGAUUGCCACAAGGCUGGUUUCUGCCUCCAAUGGUGGCCCCCAAGGGACGAUGGGGGCCAGGUUGUAGAACACUAUGUGGUGGAGAGGCGGCAGGCUAACAGGAGCACGUGGCUGAAGAUGGGAGAGCCCCCAGCAGACAGAACCAGCUUCACUGAUGCCGGUGUGGAGCAGGGCAGGAAGUAUGCCUUCCGAGUGAGGGCUGUGACUUCAGAGGGGGCUGGGGACACCCUGGAGUCUGAGGAGGUGCUGGUGGCUCCUGAAGCUCUCCCAGGGCCCCCUUCUGCCCCAGCCAUCCUGUCAUCCUCCAGCCAGAGCAUCACUCUCACGUGGGUGGCACCACGGGGCCCUGGCAGUGCUCACAUCCUGGGCUACCUGGUUGAGAAGCGCAAGAAGGGGAGUGACACCUGGAUGGCAGUGAAUGAACAGCCCAUGCCUGAAAGGAGGUGCGCUGUGGUGGAUGUACGGCAAGGCUGUCAGUAUGAGUUCCGGAUCACAGCUGUGGCUCCUUCAGGUCCUGGAGAACCUGGGUCCCCAUCGGAUGCUAUCUUUGCUCAAGACCCCAUGAGACCUCCAGGGUCUGUGCGGGAUCUCCAGGUAACAGACACAUCAAACACCAGCAUCACCCUGAACUGGAUUGGGCCAGAUACCCAGGAUGGCGACAAAGCCCAGGGAUAUAUUGCAGAGCUGUGUGGCUCAGACAGCCUUUAGUGGAGUCUAUGCCAUGUGGGCACUGUGCCAGGCACCGCCUUCACAGCCAGGGGGCUUUAGCCCCAAGAAGGCUACUUUGUGCGGGUGACAGCAGUUAAUGAUGGAGGCUGUGGCCGGCCCACUACCCUGGACUCAUUGGUUCAUGCCAUGCCUGUUACUAAUGAGUUCUGUCCAAAGUUCCUCAUGGACUCCAGCACAAAGGAUACACUGAUGGUCAGAGUUGGGGACAGUAUUCGAGUGCCUGUCUCCUUUGAAGCUGUCCCCAUGCCUGAGGUGACCUGGCUGAAGGAUGGCUUGUCUUUGCCCAGAAGAAGUGUGACCACCACAAAGGACAGCCUCACACAGCUUCUGAUUCCUGUAGCUAGCCUCUCGGACAGUGGCCGCUACACAGUACUGCUGAGAAACAAACAGGGGAAAGGGGCUACCUACAGCUUCCUCCUCAGUGUGGCAGCAUGCCCACAGGCACCAGGAUCCAUCUGCCUCCAGGAGAACGUGCCUGGGACAGUGACAGUCCUGUGGGAGCCCUCUCCAGAUGAGGCUCAGUGCAUCCCCCUGCAUUACACAGUGCUGAUGCGUUCCUCGUCCCAUGGCACCUGGCGCGAGGUGGCUGACCACAUCCACACCAACCGCUUCACCCUCCUGGGAGUCCUCCCUGGCCAUGAGUACCACUUCCGAGUAUUGGCCAAAAAUGAGCUAGGGGCCAGCAAACCCUCAGACACCAACCAGCCCUGGUAUAUCCCCCAGCAGCGAGGCAGAUUCACAGUGAAGGCGCCAAGAUAUCAGGAACCCAACCUGAGUCAGAAGCCUCGCUUUCUGGUGGGUUUGCGGGGUCACCUUCUGCCACAGGGUUGCGAGUGCCGCAUGACCUGUGCAGUGCAAGGCUCACCUCCUCCCCGUGUCACAUGGUUCAAGAAUGAUCAGAGCCUGGACAGAAAUCCUGCGCUGUACAGCACUGACAUGCUGGGCGUAUGCUCCCUGGUCAUCCCCAGUGUGUCGCCUGAGGACAGUGGAGAGUACAAGGCUGUGGCUGAGAACUCACUGGGCCAGGCUGUCAGCACAGCCACCCUCAUUGUCAUAGAAUCUAGCUCCUAGCUUACCUGGAAUCCUGACCUUGCUCCACCCCACAGCCAUGGAAUGGAUGGCAGAUCUCCAAAGCUUCCCUUCUGACAUCCACACUGACCAAUCCAGGAUGACAGAGGCUGUGUGCAGAACCUCAGGCAGGGGGGCUCCUGAUGAGAUGUGACCAGGAGGGCCUGAAGUCCUUGGAGAAAAAAACAGAAGGAUGGAAGAUGUGAUCCUGAGCGGAGUCAUAGCUCAGCAUGACCCUGACUGUGUGGGUGUCUUUGUUCUCCACCUCUGGAUGGUGAUCCAGAAAGAACAGGAUGGAAGCUGAGCCUAUUGUGACCACAGGAAGUGGACAGUAGGGAGGUCAGAGGGCCUGGGUGAGGAUAAGGGAAUCGAGGAUAUGUGUGACUACUCUCUGUACUUCAUUAAAACAGCAGACUA